AUGAGAUUCACUUUCCAUUUGAUCAUGUUGAUCCAGGUUUGUAUAGUAGCUGUUGUUGCUACUAACAAUAAUAUAACAUCACCUAUUUUCCCGUCCAUUUUAGCAUUUGGAGAUUCAACAAUGGACACAGGUAAUAACAACUACAUCAAUACUUGGAAUAAGGCAAAUCAUUUCCCUUACGGUAAGGAUUUCCCUGGUCAUGUGCCAACCGGUAGAUUCUGUAAUGGAAAAAUAGUUAUUGACUUCUUUGCCUCUAACUUGAACAUCAAAGAUUAUAUCCCUCCUUUUCUCGACCCAAACCUAUCAAAUGAAGAACUUUUAACUGGUGUUAACUUUGCAUCUGCCGGAUCGGGUUUUGAUGAAGUGACUUCAACUGCAUUCAGUGCUAUAUCAAUGUUCAAGCAAAUUGAAUAUUUCAAAGCUUAUAUAGCAAAGCUCAAGUACAUUGUAGGAGAAAACGAAACAAAAGAGAUACUUGAAAAUGCUCUUAUUACUAUCAGUGUAGGAUCUAAUGACGUCAUUUUCAAUUUUUAUGAAGUUCCUGUCAGAAGGUUGAUGUUUAGCAUGGAUAAGUACCAAGAUUAUCUGCAAGAUAGGCUUCAAAUCUUCAUUGAGGUCCUAUAUGACCUUGGAUGCCGGAAAAUAGGUGUUGCUGGACUUCCUCCUAUUGGUUGCAUACCUAUUCAAAUAACAUCAAAGUUUGGAAGGGGUCGGCAAUGUGUAGAGAGUGAGAAUUCAGAUUCUGAAUUAUAUAAUCGAAAAUUGAUACAGAGAUUAUCUAAAAUACAAGCUAUGCUUCCCGGAAGCAGAAUUGUUUAUACAGACUUAUAUUACUCUACACUCGACCUUGUCAAUCAACCUGAAAAAUAUGGUAUCAUGGUGACAAACGAAGGGUGUUGCGGGAGUGGCUUAAUUGAAGUAUCAGUAGUUUGUAAUGAAUUCACACCAGUAUGCGAUGACCCUUCAAAAUAUAUAUUUUGGGACAGUAUCCAUUUUAGUGAGGCGUCAUACCUGUAUCUUGCUAAGAACAUAGAAAGACAAGUCCUGCCCCAGUUCCUAUCUUAG